AUGGCCACCGGUGAGAGGCGAUCAAAUCUCAGGUUGUUCAGGACGUCAUUGAUUCUGGAUCAAGGCGAAACACGCACGACUCGCCAUGGAGACUGUCUCAGACUGUGUAUUUACAACGCGAGAACAGUUUCCACGAACGCUGACCUGCAUGCCCUUCUCGGAGCUGCAGAGCGUAUCAAAUUUCACGUGAUUGCUCUGCAGGAGACCAAGUGCAGAAGGAGCGACGUACGACAGAUGAAUGACGGUACACUCGUCAUUCGUGGAGAGAACGUUCCGUCGCGAAAUGUAGGCGGUGUUGGUUUUGUUUUGUCGCAUCCAUCUGUCGUCCAUCUCGUCGAUUCUCACGAGAUCCUGUCACCUCGUCAGGCCAUUCUUCGCCUCCGCCCUCUGCGCCAAAAAUCCAUCAGUAUCACCAACUGCUAUUCACCAACAUCAGCAGCUGAUGAUUCCGAAUUGGACGCGUUUUACGAGGAGCUGGAGGAAGUAGUCCGCAACGGGAAGUCCUUCUACAAAUUUGUUGUUGGAGACUUCAACGCAAAACUAGGAAAGGCCACAGAAGAGGAAUACAGGAUUGAAAGAUUUGGACUAGGAGACCGGAAUGAAAAUGGCAAUCGUCUCGCCGGGCUGUUGUCCGCCGCUCGCCCCUUUCAUGGGAACUCUCUUUUCAUGAAAAAAGAUCAUCGUCGGUGGACAUGGGAAUCGCCCAAUGCCGCGACUCGUGCGGAGAUCGACCACAUACUCAACAACCGGAGGUGGUGUCUACUUGACGUCACAGUAGUACCGUUCUUUUGUAGUGGUUCUGAUAGCUAUCGGCAACGAAGGAGAAAAGAAGUCGUCUACGACGAUUGCGUUCUCGAGGACUCCUUGUCCCAAGGUGACUGGCACAUCGAGGAGGACCCAAACGUGGAUUACGAGAUGCUGCUCAAAGGAUUACGAGCCUGUGCUAAACGUGCCUCGAAGCCGCGCACGACAAACAUGGAUCGAAUUUCGAAGACCACCAAGGAAUUGUUGGAAAGAAGAAAGGUUUUGAGGUUUGAUCCGAAUGCAUCGCACAUCGGGCGGUUAUUAGCAAACACUAGCUGCAGAAAAGCGUUGCAGGAGGAUCUUUUGAAGUACAGGCAGAAGAAGAUUCUGGAAGCAGCACAAAGAAGAACGAGUCGAAAGAAGUGCCGCAGGGAUCUCCGCGAAUAUAAUAUUCCGCUAGCAACCUUGCUGAGCGAAGACGGGACUCGCACGUCUUCUCGUCGAGAGGUGGAAAUCAUUACGGAGAAGUUCUACUCGAACCUUUUCCGUUCAUCAACUCCUGUGUCAACCCGAUCAUCCCAACUGGUGAAGCUCCACCACAGAUUCUCCCUUCGGAGCGCACAUGACAUCCUACCUCCAGAAAGAAAGGAUCCCAGACCAGUAGAAGACCUCGCGAACCGUUCUUAUCCAUGGGAAAGGACGCUGGAUGAAGCCCAGCCUCAAGAACAAGCCGGAUUCCGCCAGGAGUUCAGCUGCUUGGACCACAUCCAGACCGUGUCGAGGUUCAUAGAGGUUUGCCGGGAAUACCGCCUGCCCCUUGUUCUAACCUUCGUCGACUAUGAGAAGGCCUUUAACAAUACAAUACUGUCAGCGCUGGUCGAUCAAGGUGUGGACGCGUCGUAUGUGAGGACAUUAGCCAAUUGCUACGAUCGAUGCACGACUAGGAUACAGCUUUUCCACCGCCCUCUCACCAUACCCAUUGGAAAGGGGGUACGACAAGGCGAUACUAUAUCGCCAAAGCUGUUUACGGCUGCAUUGCAAUGGAUAAUGAAAUCACUUUCCUGGGAAGAAAGGGGCAUACGUGUUGAUGGAAGAUUUCUUUCGAACCUUCGUUUUGCGGACGACAUCGUACUCUUUUCGAGCAGUACCAGUGAAGCAGAAACGAUGCUCAACGAAUUGAACGAAGCAGGGAAGAGAACAGGACUACGAAUAAACAGAAAGAAGACACAGUUCAUGAAGAACGCCCACUGCGAGGACGGAAGAGUACAACUUGAAGGCUCCCAAAUCGUGGAAACUCCGUUAUACGUAUACCUCGGACGUUCUAUGAACAUGGAAAACGACUUGAAGUAA